AUGCGGAAUAUCCUCACCCGAUACCCCGCACUCACCUCCUUCGCAUCCGCAUCUGCAUCACGCACUCGCGCUCUUGCUGCUUGCAAUAACAACAACAACACCAAGAACCUGUUCAACUCGAACACACAUUUCAACCUCACCACCAACCACCAACCCAUCACCCCCAAGCGCACCUUCAAAAUGACGUUCCCCAACCCCAAAACCCAAGAACCAACCAUAACCUCCAUAACCGAACUCACCCCUCAAACCUCCAAAUGGCUCACCCUCCAACAAAUCUCCUACGUCGACCAAACCGGCAAGUCCCGCCUCUGGGAAGUCGCCGCGCGCAAGACCCGCUCCUCCUCCUCCUCCUCGGGGGUGGCAGGCGGUGUCGACGCAGUAGCCAUGUGCAACAUCCUGCUUCACCCAUCCCGCCCGCCCUCCACGCUUUUGGUCAUUCAAUACCGUCCCCCGCUCGACGCCUACACAAUCGAGUGGCCCGCUGGUCUCAUUGAUAAAGGGGAGACGCCGGAGCAAGCGGCUGUCAGAGAGUUCAAGGAGGAGACGGGGUAUGAAUGUACGGUUAAGAGGGUGAGUCCCGUGCAGGCGGCGGAUCCGGGGAUGAGUAGUGCCAAUAUGGUGAUGGCGACGGUGGAGGUAAAUCUGAAGGAGGAGGAUACGGAGGAGGCACUGCCUGAGCAGAGACUUGAGGAUGGCGAACAUAUCCAGAGAGUGGUGGUGCCGAUGGCAGAGCUCUAUCAGAGGCUGGUGGAGUAUAGUAAGAUGGAGAGACAUAUUGUUGCGGCGAAGCUGUUUCAUUUUGCGGAGGGCAUGGAGUUUGCGAGGACGGAGGGGUAUGGCGUUUUCGGGAAGAGGGAGUAG